GGCAGCUCGAAGUCUAGUCUGCCACUGCUGGAUCCCUUAUUACAGACCUACAAAUGAUAUAUCGCCACACCUUCCUUUCUGCGUGUACCCCCGUGGCUUUUGUGGUAGCGUGUGAUGUUAAGAUCUCCAAGACGUAAUCGGAAGUUGGGGCGUGUUCCCACUAAACUUUACUGAUACAUUGUCCUGAUUCGAUACUCUGCCGUUUUUGUCUUUCCCUCCUUGCCUCCCUCUGUCUUACGUUCCACGCUAAAAGCAUUAAGCCUGGAUUUAGGAGCGUGGAAACGAGCUGUCUGGAUAAUGGGGAACGCAGCGGGGACCCUGGAAAUGUUCCAGGCCCGGGAUUCGAAGACACAGCCACCAGCGGGGAGUACCCCUCCAAAGCAAAAAGAUGGCACAGCUUCCAAAGUUCCAAGACCAAGUUCGGGAGAGCUGGAGGAGAGAUUCAACAUAGUGCUGGAAGCGAUGAAUCUCCCUCCAGACAAGAUCAGCGUUCUCCGGCAGUAUGACCAAGACAAGAAAUGGGAGCUGGUGUGUGAUCAGGAAAGGUUCCAGGUGAAGAACCCACCGGUUACCUACAUCCAUAAACUCAGAAGCUAUGUGGACAGUGGCGGGAUCAGCCGCAAGUUCAAGAAAAGAGUUCAAGAAUCCACACAAGUUCUAAGAGAACUGGAGAUCUCCCUACGAACCAAUCACAUUGGGUGGGUGGAAGAGUUCCUGAGUCCAGAGGUUGGCGGCCUUGAAGCUUUGGUGGACUACCUGUCCUAUGCCCAGUGCCCCUUCGCGUUAGAUAUGGACAGUUCAGACAAUGGAACACCUGACAAAUCCAAAUCCUUACAGAGGUCAAUGGAGGAUAUUAACAAAAGCAGCACAUCCUCUUCUCCCACAAGCAUUCCAUCGCGUGCCCGCAACCUAACCACCAAAUACAACUUUUACAACCGCGCUACAAUGAGGAACUCCCGGCACGCUAACAUGAAGGAUGAUGUACACGUGUGUGUCAUGUGCUUGCGGGCAAUCAUGAACUAUCAGUCAGGAUUCAGUAUGGUAAUGUCCCACCCCUCCUGUGUAAAUCAGAUUACUCUCAGCCUCACCAACAAGAACCCCCGUACGAAGGCCCUGGUCCUGGAGCUACUGGCAGCCGUAUGUCUGGUCCGGGGAGGACAUGAACUGAUACUCUCAGCCUUCAGUUAUUUCCGGGAGGUGUGUGGAGAAGGUGCAAGAUUCGAAAAGUUAAUGGAAUAUUUCCGAACUGAAGAUUCCAACAUUGACUUUAUGGUGGCUUGCAUGCAGUUCAUUAACAUAGUGGUCCACUCUGUGAAAAACAUGAAUUUCCGGGUUUAUCUGCAAUAUGAAUUCUCCCUCUUGGGAUUGGAUGAGUACCUUGAAGAGUUGAAGAAGACAGAAAGCGAAAGGCUUCAGGUACAGAUUCAGGCCUAUCUUGACAAUAUCUUUGACGUGAAUAAUCUUCUAGAGGACACUGAGAACAAGCAUGAGAUGCUGGAGCAUGUUGAUGAUCUACAAGUUCAUUUGGCUCAUCUCACAGAGAAGCUACAGCAAACAGAGAAUGAGUACAUGAGAAGAGUGGCAGAGCUAGAGAAGCAGCUGGACCAGACUCGCAGGGAAGUGGCUGCUUUAAAGGAGAAGCAAGCUUCAUAUGCCCCGAUGGAUACACACCUGGCUGUAAGGCGUUUAAAAUCCAGCGAUCAAGGAGUACUGUGGGUUGAGCCUGCAGGAGACACGUGUACAGAUGACUCCUCUCCUAGCAGUGAAAACACGGGGUACCCCAUUACCAUGACUGUCCCUCCAGUCUCCCCAUCAGCCAUCAGGCUUACUAUAGUAUCUCCUCCAGCCACAGCUUCAGAUACUGUUACUCACAAGACAGAGGAAUAUUCAGAUGCUUCCAACUCUCCUUUACUGUCAAUUCUGGAGUCAGAGGUCCGCACUGCCCCGCCAGUUUCAGGGUUGGAUCUCAGCAUGGUCACUACCAUCUCUUCAAAGAUCAUGUCUGAGUCUGCGGUUCCACCACCUCCUCCCCUACCAGCAACAAAGGGUGACAAUACAGAAUGCCAGCCACCACCACCCCCGCCGCUACCUUCUGAUAUCAGCGGGUUUCAGCCAGUUACACCAGCUCCUGCUAUCUCAGGUGUUCCUCCUCCACCGCCACCUCCUCCUAAUUUCAUGAAUGGCUCUCCUGUUCCUCCACCGCCCCCUUGUGGACCUCCUGCUCCUCCUCCACCUCCUUGUUUUGGCGGUGGCCCCCCUCCUCCUCCUCCGCCAUUUUCUGGAGGCCUUACUGGACCACCACCUCUUGCACCAGGCGGCUUAACUACAGGUGUGAGUAUUAAGAAACCAGUACAGACUAAAAACAGGAUGCAAGUCUUCAACUGGGUGGCCUUGAAACCCACACAGAUCACAGGUACCGUCUUCACGCAAAUGGAUGACGACAAGGUUCUUCAGGAACUUGACAUGAGUGACUUUGAGGACCAUUUUAAAACGAAGGCCCAGGGUGCAAGUGCGAGCACCUUUUCAAAGAAAGUGAAGGCAGCACAGAGCCAGCCAGCCAAGAUUUCCCUUAUUGAGACAAAUCGGGCCAAGAACCUGGCAAUUACCCUCAGAAAAGCAGGCCUAUCCCCUGAGGCCAUCACUUCUGCUAUUCAGCGGUAUGAUAUGCAGGCCCUGAAUGUGGAUUUCCUGGAGCUCCUGGGAAGGUUUCUUCCAACAGAUUGGGAGCGGCAGCAAAUCUCCCGCUAUCUGAAGGAGGAGAAGCCUCUAGACCAGCUGGAGGCAGAGGACAGAUUCAUGGUCCACCUCUGUUCUAUCCCCAGACUGGCUGAGCGAGUCAACACAAUGAUCUUCAUUUCCAGUUUUGCCGACACUGUCACCCGUCUUACGCCGCAACUCAAUGCUCUUAUUGCUGCUUCCAUGUCAAUCAAAUCCUCCGAGAAGCUGAAAGGGAUCCUGGAGCUGAUUCUGGCAUUCGGAAAUUACAUGAACAGCAGUAAGAGAGGUGCAGCAUAUGGAUUUCGCCUUCAGUCACUGGAUGCGCUCCUGGAGACAAAGUCUACAGACAGAAAGCAGACCUUGCUUCAUUAUCUGGUACGAGUGAUCAGUGAGAAGUACGCUCACCUGAUGGGGUUCCACACUGACCUGCACUUCCUGGAAAAGGCUGCCACAGUGUCCCUGGACGCUUUGUUGUCUGAUGUCCGCUCUCUAGAAAACGGCAUGGAACAAGCCCAGAAAGAAUUUACAAAGCAAGAUGACUGCCGCAGUCUGAAGGACUUCCUGAAAUCCAAUAUGGACCCCAUGACGCAGCUUUCUGCUGACGCCAAGACCGCACAGGAAGCCUAUGAAACAGUUGUUAGCUAUCUUGGGGAGAACAGCAAGACAACAGCUCCAUCGGCAUUCUUCCCCAUAUUCGUUCGCUUUGUGAAGGCCUUCAAGAAAGCAGAGCAGGAUCUGGAGGCAAUGAAGAAGCAGGAAAUGGCGUCCGCUGAGGAGAAGGCACAACCCGAGAAACCAGGACAGUCUCCACCUGUCAAAGCAUUAAAACCACAAGUCAACCUGAUGGCAGAGCUGAACAAGAAGCUGCAAACAAAAGAGCCGCGGGUGUAUGAGGAGAACUGGGCCAUAGAGGAUAUCAUUACAGACCUGAGGAAUCAGCCGUACAGAAGGACAGAUGUUGCACGGAGGAACAGCAAAAAGCAGACCAGUGGAAUAGCGGUCAGCACCACAGAUAUACCAGUGUGAGAGCGGCAGCCGGAAGAUUCCUACUACUUACAAUG